UACAAAUAGUAGCGAACGCGCUUUACCAAGAAAUAGAAGGGAAGUGACCUGUUGAGGAAAUGUGCGACUGAAACUCCUGGUUAUAAUUGUGUGUGAAAACUCUGACAUAUCGAUAGAAAACGACAAGUUCGCAAUGGCUACGAUGAGACGGAAUAGUGAGAAGAACGGUCAUAUGUUAGAGGAAAAACAACCAAGGACUGCAUCCGAUCCUGGGCAAAAGGAAUCCCCAAAAAUGGUGUAUAUUGUGUUUGUAUCUCUACUGAUUGAUUUGCUGGGAUUUACAGUGAUCUUACCGUUAUUGCCAGCGCUGUUGGAUUACUAUGCUAAAAAGAAUGACGACUCACUGUAUCAGAUUAUGGCCAAUCAAGUUGAUGGAUUCAAAUCUUUUGUUGGGAUUCCAAAUAUUGAAAAAUACAACUCCGUACUCUUUGGAGGUAUAAUUUCAUCGUUAUUCUCGUUUCUACAAUUUGUGGUGAGUCCCGUACUUGGUGCUGCAUCUGAUGUUCAUGGUAGAAGGCCCCUUAUGUUAGCAUCGAUGAUUGGUAUAGCUAUAUCUUACUGUAUUUGGGCAGUGUCACAUAAUUUUACAGUGUUCCUUAUAGCUAGGAUAAUUGGUGGUCUCAGUAAAGCUAACGUGAACCUGAGUACAGCCAUUAUUGCCGAUGUAUCUACCGUUAAAACAAGAGGGAAAGGAAUGGCGCUGAUUGGUGUGGCGUUUUCACUAGGAUUUACAUUUGGGCCUAUGAUUGGUGCUUAUUUUUCCAAAAUUUCCACUUUUAAAGCAGGAGAGUUUUACAUUGCGCCGGCGCUGUUUGCGUUAAGUCUGGCAGUACUGGACAUUGUUUUUAUAUAUUUCUUCAUGAAAGAAACCCUGCCAUUGGAGAAAAGAGCUAAGUCGUUCAGUAGUAGCUCUCGGGAUGCUUUCAACCUCAUCAGUCCUUUUGCAUUAUUCCAAUUUUCUGCUGUGAAAAACUGUCCCGACAAAGGAUCUUAUAGUCGCAGAAUACCAGCGGGUUCAGAGAAGAAAACUGCUGUAAGAGGCAUGUUCAUUCUGAUGCCAGCUUUCAUUAUCAUAGCAUUUGCAUCAAAUCAAAUCUUAUUGUAUAUUGGAUUAGCUUUAUUUUGUUUUGCAUCAGCUACAGUGGUUCCCUGUAUGACAACCAUGGUUUCAUCUUAUGGGACUGUAGCUCAGAAGGGAACAGUUGUAGGUAUAUUUCGAUCACUUGGAGGUCUGUCAAGGGCUACUGGUCCAAUAGUAGCCUCUAUUGUGUAUUGGAGUGUGGGAUCCUCAUUUUGUUACUGCAUUGGUGGAGUGUUAUUACUCAUACCCACAAUGUUAUUACUGAAAACAUAACAGACAGCGAUUGCUUGAAGUCUGUCAUUAUACACCAAUAGUUGCCUUAAUAUUAAGAAAAAUUGUAUUAGGAAUUGUAUUUCAUUUACUGAAAUAAAAUUGUUCACUACUGAGCAUGUUACU